UGAGAAUAAAAAUGGCUUUCGUACUAGUAGGUAGCGCGAUACAAAGUGCUGGUGCUGGUGCGUACCGCAUAUUUAAAUGGCAGGUGAAACAUCAAUUACCCCAAAAGUGAUUUAAGUACCCGAAGAGUAGUUCCUCGAACACGAGAAGAUCUAGCCGACGUAUUAUUCUCGUCGAAAAAGAAGUUCACAAACAACACAAAUUUGGUAGACCAGCGAAACUUUUUUUUAUUCCGAGGAAACAAAUAAAACAACCGGGAGUCUCGUUGUAGAAACCAAAAAAAAAGAUGGUCGAGAUCGUGUGCCCGCCGGUGGACGUGGAACCGACCAAGAUCAUGGGUGAGGCCGGCGGCCCGCAAGCCAAGGCUUACAUCACCAAGUUUGAGGGUGGCCGUCAGGCGAUGCGCAUCUACAUCGACGGCGGGUAGUCAGUUUCAGCUUUGUUCAUCGUGCUGGAUGAAACAAGAACUUCUUUCGAUAUGAGAAAGCUACUGCGAAGCGGAGAUAAAAUAAAGACACACGCGCAACAAGUGGUCCAUGAAGAUGUCUCUGUUAGAGAGCCACGCUGAGGUGGAUCAAGAUGCGUAGAGGUUGUUGGCUGCAACCAAAUCUGCCACGCGCUUUCUAAACGGCCGCCAACGUAGUUGCACACAUUGCUAUCGCCCGGCCACGUCCAUGCGCGCGCUGCCCAAUGAAUGGUUGGAAUCCCACACAACCAGGCCGCCAAUGACGCGAUUUGAAAGCAGAUGACGGUGCCGGUUGAUGGAUGUCGUGGCAGCCCUCUUCGGAGGGAGAAGUUGAUUAUGGUGGAGGAAGCAGGUAAAUUGUAGCCCUGUGCUGAUGUUGGCCUUUCAGGAAGAUGAGGAGGUGACUUCUUUCUUGAAGAUUAUCGUGGUGGACCACGAGACGGGGCGCCACGCACGGGCCUUUUAUUUCAUUGCCUGCCAUCAUUGCUAGAACUGCUACGUGUACGUGUAGUACCUUGCAAUCGCUCUUUCCAGAAGUGCUGUCCUUUGAUUGUUCCUGUCUUCUGCUAGUCGGUCUCGCUCUCGCUGCAAUUCACUCGAAGUCGAAGACGAUUGAUUUCCAGUUCGAAUAAAUAUACGAACCCAGGUUUGAUUGGAAAAAGUCCGUGGCUCCGAUGCUGCCGGUAUCAAGUGUAAAAAUGUCUGAGUCUUGAAGAAUGCAACUUGUCAUCCUAAAUCUGAAGCAUACAAAAAUCUGUGUUGCAUGAUUACCAAAAGUCGUCCAGUUUUGGCCAAGUCGGGAGGGAGUUUCUCAUGCAGGAUAGGCAUGAGAGAGAGUGCACAGAAUCUGUCAUGUUAGGUCCUGCAUUACAGACCUCAUGGGUCAUGGAGAAGCUGCAUGACAAAUCGCGCGGUCUGUUAAGCAUGACAAAUCGCGCGCUCUUCCAGACUGACCCAGACAUUUUUACAUUUGAUAGCCGGGCUGCCCGGACUGGUGCCCCGCGACGCACUUCGGAUACUUAGAAGCUGGGGAGAUGUAUCCCACAGAAAAAAGCUGGCAGGUCACAUUUGUAAUGCAAAAAUAAAUACACAAAAAUGAAAUCUGCAUUGCGUAUCCUAAACAGCAUGCUAUGAGGCCGCCCAUAUUUUUCUGUGUAUUUAUUUUGGCAUUACAAAUAAUAUGCCCUGCCAGCUUUUUUCUGUGGGAUAAGAUGGGUAUCAAGAUGCAGGACGGAACUGAGAAAACCAUCAAGGCGGGCGAGACGUACUUUUUUCGUUUUCUUGAACAAACGAAAAGACUGUUUUGUCUUCUUCAAGGUCCAUAGUUCUCACAAACGAGAUCGGGACAUGCGUCGUGCUGCUACAUGGGCAUGCGAUGAAGACAUCCCAUUUAAUAAAAUCGUAAAUUCUUUCAAGAAAGUACUUGAAAUACUCAUCAGCUACAUGGUGCCCCCGGGCCACCUGCCCAUUGUGACGGAAAAGGCGGUCAUGGUCGAAUUCUCGCAGGACACUACCUACACCAACGACAAAUUUAUCAAGGGCGAGAAGGAGGAGGGCAAGUAAGUCCUCCGGUGGAAAUUUGGUCAACUGGUUUGUGAUCACUUGGACUGAAGAACACAGAAAGAAAACCGUCUGUCACUUUGUAAAUUUCCUUUUCAUCUCUAUGUAUGAAUUACAAAGUUGAAGUAGGAGAAGAUGCUAUCGCGUUAGCGUUAGUGCUACACAAAUAAAUCUCAAUGAGUUUGUAAACAAAAUCCGUCGACAAAUUUUAGCUCUCGACAAAGACAACUAAGUACCUUCCUGCCCGGAGAUUGUUUUCGAACCGAACUUUUUAGAAAGGGCGCCGCUUCUUCGCGUUGCUCGAGGAGUACGGCGACGACCUUGACAUGUAAAAAUCAUCUCUUCGUUUCAGUUUCACGGCGAGAUCGCAACAAACAAAAGUAAAAGAAUACCGUGCGGCAGCUCCCAAAAAUCAUAGAAGUUUCUAUGGGCGGUACCUGUGGAGGUACCGCUUGAUUCUGAAGAGCACAUCAACUCGGAAUAUCAUAGGCGCAGUUUUUUUCUUGCAAACUUCUACUCUGCGAAUUCUGAAAAUGAUUUGCUGGGAGAAAAUCACUUGAGUUUCUCUUGUUGAUGUUAGAUAGAAAAGCUACGGCUACUAGCCUCUCAUAGGUACGCAGCCAAAGCGCAAAUGACGAACGUCAAGAACCAUUCGGCGGUGAAAGCCUUUUCUGAUUCUGAUAUAUCAUGACCCCAUUCAAAAAACUGGUGUUGGGGCAAGAGAAUUAUGAC